CCCUUUCUUUAAGAGUUCACCAUAGGGAAAAUGGGUUCCAAGGCUUUUGUUUUCCUGGCUCUUUUAUGGGCUGUUCUUCUUCUCAUCUCUUCAGAGGUGGCCGCUAGGGACUUGGCUGAGACCUCCACUGAACAAAAAAAGACUGAGGCGGCAGCAAAGACAAAUGGGGUACAUGAUGCCAAGUACCCUGGCUAUGGAGGGUACCCAGGUGGCGGAAAUGGAGGAUACCCAGGUGGGGGAUACGGAGGAUACCCAGGUGGCGGAAACGGUGGAUACCCAGGUGGCGGAAACGGAGGAUACCCAGGUGGCGGAAACGGAGGAUACCCAGGUGGCGGAAACGGGGGCUACCCAGGUGGCGGAAACGGAGGCUACCCAGGUGGCGGAAACGGAGGCUACCCAGGUGGUGGAUAUGGAGGGUACCCUGGCCGCGGAGGCUCUGGCCGUGGAGGUUAUGGUGGUAAUCCGGGCCGUGGAGGCUAUGGAGGAGGGUAUUGCCGGUAUGGUUGCUGCAGUGGAGGGUCCUAUGGAAGAGGUUGCAGGAGGUGUUGCUCCUAUGCAGGUGAGGCUGUCGAGGCAGAAACUAAAGCCAAGCCUCAGAACUGAAGCAGCAAAUGAUUAUCAGUUAAUUAGCUAUAUUGCAAUAUUAUAUGUAUAUUAUUGCUUGUGUAGUGUGUACCAAUACUUCAUUAGAAGUGCUUGUGCAUUACUGUGUACCAAUACUUCAUGAGAAGUAGCAAUAAAAUCAUGGGUGGAUGCUUAGGUCUCCACACAUGCUCUACCUGGUUAAUUAAUGUAAGAAUAUUGGACAUAUCCUUGUGAUUGUCCAAAUGCUUAAAAUGAUCAUGUCUUGUUUAGUAGCAAAAUCAACAA